AGGAAGCGGACUACACGUCGAGAUGAGCGCCUUCUUCGAGCAAAAGGUCAAGGCGCCAGUCGUCAAGCUGCUCAAGUCUGGCGCCUCCCCCAGCAGCAUCGCGCUGGCCAUGGCCUUCGGCGUCUCCGGCGGCAUCUUCCCCGUCCCUGGCGUGACAACGGUGCCCGUCAUGGCCGCCAUCUUCCUCUUCCGCCUGAACCCCGUGGCCGCUAUGCUUACCAACUACCUCGUCACGCCACUCAACAUCGCGUCUGUCCCCGUUUUCAUCUACUACGGCAACGCCGUCUUCGGCGGAGGCGACGGAGAGGGCGAGUUCGCCAUCAGCAGCUUCAUGGAGGACAUCAAGACGGACACCAUCAACACGCUGCUGCGUUUCCGCUUCACACUGCUGCACGCCAUCUACAUGUGGCUGCUGGUCAUGCCCGUGCUUACGCUCGUUAUCUACGGCGUGCUCACGCCCGUGCUACGUCGCGUCAUGCCCAAUCUUGCAUUUCGACGCGUCUUCAAUUUCGUGUUAUCGCAGCUAUUGUCGGGUAGCACAUACAGAGCCCUUCUCUUUGAGACGAAGAGCACAUACAUAGAUGAGUUUUGGUGUGUUGUUUGCCCGGCUACUCCUUGAGUUCCUCGAAGCUAGCGCUGCGGGGCGUCGAGAUAGCUGCGCGCUCUGGGGGGCUGAGCGGCGAGCAGUUCUCAUCAAUUCUGACGGCAACGUGGACAGGAAGCACGUCCUCCUCCGUGGGCACAGAAGCAUACACCUCGCCGCAGUGAUCAGCCGUGCUUGGGCGCUGUUGCUCCAAGCUGUAGCCAGCGUACACCAGCAGGGCAUCUUCUUCGCGCGAGACGACGUGCUCGUCGUAGUCCCGAGACUGGUAGUCGACGUGCACGAACGCACGCUCCACCUCGUCCAGGUUCUCCACCUUGAAUUGAAGCUGCAGGGCGAUGUCGUGUGCUGCCUUCACCGACAUUUCUGCGGGCACGACCACCUCCAGCUCCACGAGAUACUUGGAGCCAAAGUGAUAAGCGCGCACAAUGUCCAACGCCAUGGACGGGUGGUGGUGGCUGCACAGCUCCUUGACCUCCUGCA